UUUAAAGGGGCCCUGUAACACUUUUUUCGGGUCGCCAUAUUUGCUCUAGAUCUAUUCUCAGUAUGUCAUAGAACACAGCACAUAAGUAAUUAUGAAAAAAUUCUCCCGCUUUCUUGCUUUUAUGUAUGUGUCUGAUGACCUCGUGUUGGCUUUUUUUGUCAGCUACAGAUUAUUUGCAGUCAGCAGGACAUGCCUGUGUUGACUCUGCACUUGUUCAAGGGUUUACUUCAAAGCAACCUGUCUAGAGCUCAUGCGUCUACCAUUUUGGAACAAUGCCCUGUACUUGUGCUCUGUCUUAUAUGUCACUGGAAUACCAUAUUUCCGGUACUUGCCCUUGAGCCUGUGAAGUGUGAGGAACUUGGCAACCUACUGACUAAUGUUGAGAAGCUGUUUUCUGUGGUUGCAGAGUUUCUAGCUGGUUCUGAAGAAUCUGGAAAGAAGCUUUCAAAGAUUAGCAAGACCUGGCUCCCAGCAUUUGUGCUAGCCUGUUCCAUCAGCUCAGACCAAGUGAUGCCAUUGCAUUAUAAAUCUUUGAAGCCUAUGGUACAGACCAUGGUGUUGCAGUUCCUUCUAUUGUUUUGUCAAAGGAACGACAGUAAGUCCAAAGGUGGCUUGAAAAUAUGUUUGUCAAGAUUCCUACAAGAGAACCCAAGCCUAUGCACUUCCUUAGAGCCUGCUAGCUUUGACACUGCUUUGAUGAACACCCUGAUGUCUUCCCUGGACUUCUUUAUGCUCCUGGUUUACUGCUUCGAUUUUGUAGUUAACUAUGUGGAGCAGCAGGAAGUGAAAAAGAGCUGUUGCAUCAACACUGCUAUUUUGCUCAUGGUACAUAUUGACACAAUCGACGGGGACAUAUUGAGUGAUGACAGGGCUCCCGCAGAACUUCAGGCCGAAGGAGUGUGCACACCAAUUUCAACAUCGGCUAAAUUGUACUCAUUGAUAAAAAAUGCACCACCAGCAGUCCUCAAGUCAUUGCCGAAAACCACCCUGGCCAUGUGUCCGACAGUAUUUCGUCAGUGCAUCGAGCAUCUGUAACACUGCCAACACACCUGUGAUGAUCUGGAUGAAAGAGCAUUGAUUAAAGGCCACAGCCACAGUACUGGAGUGGUCGAAAGCCUCCUUGACGCAUGAAACGCUCUCAGUUGCGAGCGCUGCAGCGGGGAAAAUGAGUCGGCCAUGCCCACCACUGACCUUACACUCCCUCCGUGUGAAUGGGACGGCCGGAUCAGAACCUGCCAAGCAGGCCCCCCACAAAAAAUGAAGCCUGGUGCCAGCACUAUUGCAUUCAGUCUUUAUGACUUAUCACAUCAACAAGAAGUUAUAUAGUACUUAUUACCAUAUAGCUAUGCCAAACUUUUGCAUAUUUUGUAUGAAAGCUUGUGAAAAGGGCUUUGUUUAUAGUGCAUGCACUGCCCUGGCUUGCUGUCAUCUGCUACACCUAGAAACCAAGGCUACGGAAAAAGUAAACACCUCCAUGAUGUUUUCUAUCGACGAGGUUAAGUACCACCAACUACUAAAGCCAUUCAAGGGCUUGGAAGCACACAUUCAAUGCGCUGCCAGUGCACAACCACCCAUUUCCAUUGUGCAUGAAGGAAGGAAAGAAACUUUGUUCAUGCCAACAGGAGCUCCCCGGUGUUGCUUUAAUGCUCUCUGGUUUGUUGUGAACCCACGUGGGAGCACUUGUUCAAGGAUACUAGAGAUAGUUGCAGCAUGUGUGCUUUGUCCCCACGCACAGCAGUCCAGAGAGGAGGUGCUACCAUGCUCCGAUAGAGAGAUCUGUAGACGGGAUGGUGGGUGUUGUGCGUGAUUAUAGCGAUCUGUGUACUCCUCCGCUGCCUUUGGUUACGACUUGUCAAUGGAUAUUUACACUUGCCAGGACCUAUGCAUAUGGUCAAAUUAGGUUGAGAAACAGAAUUUCAACAAACCUGAUUGUACACUUCUGUAAUUUCAGAUCACUGAGGUCAAACGAUUGCACGACCUGCCAAGAAUGACAUUCUAGAGUAAGCUGAACCAACUAAUUCCCUCUUUAGACAUAUGAACAAAGAAAUAUUGUGGAUACUAAUAAUGUUUUUAUGCAGUGAAUAAGACUUUGUUCUUCACAGUUUGCAAAUAGUGGUGAUACAUGUACUCCAUGGUAUUUGCAAAUGCUUUGGAAUAAAUACACGCUCAGCUAAAGGAAUUCAGCUAGUCCUUCAUGCACUCAAUAAUCGUUCAUCACAUGUUUCAUCUGCACUGUAUUCUUUACACAUUUUAAUACAAUGGAUGAGCCCUCUCACUGAAUCGCCAGUUAACCUCUUGCUAUACUGUACUUAUGUUGUACCACAAGGCCGUGGCUUGUUUUCGUGAAAACUAUGGCACAUACUCAUUAGGGAGGAUUGCCCAAGCUAUGAUACGAAAACACUAAUGAACCCAAUUGAAACUUAACCCUAAAAAACAAAGAACAAGACAGGAACCGCAAUUCAUGGUUCCUUUCUUGUCGUUGCCACUGAAUGUGCACUUAGCAACUUCAUUCAAAAUUUGUGUUUUAGAGCGAUGCAAAGCACUAACUACAAAAAGAGGCAAUGUGAAAAAAAAAUUUACAUGUAAGCCUUAUGGCAUAAAAUAGUCAUGGAGAGAGGCAUAUCUUUUUUGGAGUGCAACCCAGGCCAUUUGCGCCAAGUGAAAACCAUGUCCAGAGUGGAAAAAACUUGCUCCCAUUUGAUUGAGGAGCAUUUCCGUAUAUAUUUUUCUCACACUUAAAAUGCACUGUAGGAGAGAGAGUUGUCCAGAUAUUCCAUGACAUGAGUCAUAGAGGUUUGAUGAUGUGUAUGCACGCCGGCUUUUUAAAUAAAAAUUUAUGCAUGUUAAUUCCACACCUUUAAGGGCACUAUGCAUGAAUAUUUUUCUUUGCCAGAAUGAGCAAAAAUAAACAUUCCAUGGAAUACACAAGGUGCUGAUAAUGUACUGAUGCAAGAAGGGGCUUAGGCUUUGAAGAAUUUGAUGGAGUCUUUUGACUGCCUCUAAGAUCAAGUUGAGAAUCGGCUCAGCUAAAUGUGCAGAAUUUGCCAGGAAGUCAGCAGCUUCAUUAGGAUGAAUCCCAGUAUAGCCAGGUAUCUACAUGAAUCAAACUUCUUUAACAUGGAGACUGAAAAUUCAUAUGGAACGGAAAAAUAACAGAGAAGCAAUCUGAAUGCAGAAUAAUGUUUCUGGCAUUGUUAUGGAGAGGCAGACCAGCAGCUGAAAAUUUGGCAGUAAAGAUAAAUGU